CGCUACAUAUGUCAAAGUAUUUGGUUACUAUUAAAAGCGUAGUAUGUACACUCGUAACACGUCACACACGAAACAAUUUAUCUGAUCGCAAUGAUAUUGCAGCGUAUAAAAAUUUUUAAACUUCGAACGUUGUUAUUCAUUUGAAAAUUGUUUUAACUGUAGAUGAGAAAUUUUUCUAAGGCGAAUCGAAACAUAACAAGUGCUGCGAAUUGUGAAGACCUGGAUUGAAUUUUUUUUCUGAUAUAUAACAACAUGGCGGCGAAUCUAGAGGAAGAGCAAAGUUUACGUGAGUGCGAGGACUACGUGCAGAGACAUAAUAUUCAGCAAGUUCUCAAAGACUGUAUUGUACAACUUUGUGUCGGCAAACCUGAAAAUCCAAUUUCAUUUUUACGGGAAUAUUUUCAAAGACUCGAGAGGGAACAAGCUCACGAUGCAAAGCAGCAAAUUGCCACAAGUCCGGAAGACACAGAGGAUAUGCCGGCGGGUCAACAAGGUCCUCAGGUGCCGAGAAGAAGAGGAGGAAUUUCCGCUGAACCAGUUUCUGAAGAGGAUGCCACGAACUAUGUCAAAAAAGUUGUGCCUAAAGAUUAUAAGACCAUGAAUGCUUUAAGCAAGGCAAUUGGAAAAAAUGUAUUGUUCGCUCAUCUCGAUGAAAAGGAACGUUCCGAUAUUUUCGAUGCAAUGUUCCCUGUUUUAUUUUCGCCAAAGGAAACAAUCAUUCGACAAGGAGAUGAAGGCGACAACUUUUACGUGAUAGAUCAAGGGGAAGUGGAAGUUUUCGUGAAUGGCGAAUUGGUAACGACUAUUGGCGAGGGAGGAAGUUUUGGAGAAUUGGCUCUGAUUUAUGGAACACCACGAGCAGCGACUGUCAGAGCGAAAACUGACGUUAAACUUUGGGGAAUCGAUAGGGAUUCGUAUCGAAGAAUUCUAAUGGGUUCUACUAUUAGAAAACGGAAAUUAUACGAAGAAUUCCUCUCACGAGUUUCCAUUUUAGAAUCUCUUGACAAGUGGGAAAGAUUAACGGUAGCAGAUGCUUUGGAACCGGUGACAUUUGAAGAUGGAGAAACGAUAGUCCGGCAAGGUGAGCCCGGUGAAGAUUUUUACAUCAUUGUCGAUGGUACGGCUGUUGUUCUCCAACAACGUUCAGAAGGCGAGGAACCUGCAGAAGUUGGUCGACUCGGACCUUCAGAUUAUUUUGGCGAAAUAGCAUUGCUGCUGGACAGACCAAGAGCGGCGACGGUCGUCGCUCGUGGACCUUUGAAAUGCGUGAAAUUGGACAGAGCACGAUUCGAAAGGGUCUUGGGCCCUUGUGCGGAUAUUUUGAAACGCAACAUCACUCAGUACAACAGCUUCGUAUCACUCUCUGUAUAAUCAAUUCACAGCCACACCUCUACAGAACUAUAUUUCACUAUAUUGUUAUAAUUUUUUAUUUAAUAUUUUAAUAAUUAUUGUAUUACGUUAGCUAUUAAUAUAUACAUAUUGCAUUAGAACUUCUGUAAUAAAGAAAAU